UCAUAGUUGUACUAUUGCCUCUAAGGUUGGAAUCAUGGCAAGGAAUUCACAAGCAAUUUUGUUGGCUCUCUUUGUCUGUUUGAUUGGUUUUGAUCAUCAACACUCUCUGGUUGUUGAAGCCAACUUCUGGGAUACCACCUUUAUCAACUGGGGAGCUCAUCAUGCCAGUGUUUACAACAAUGGUGACGAUAUGCAACUUGUUUUAGAUAAAAGUGCAGGAUCAGGAAUUGAAAGCAAGAAAGAGUACCUCUUUGGUAGCGUUGAAAUGCAAAUCAAACUAGUAUCUGGGAAUUCUGCAGGAACUGUCACCGCUUACUAUCUUUCUUCCAAGGGUGACAAGCACGACGAAAUUGAUUUUGAGUUCUUAGGUAAUGUAUCAGGAAAACCUUAUAUCAUGCAUACAAAUGUCUUUGCUGAAGGAGUUGGAAACAAAGAACAGCAAUUCUACCCUUGGUUUGAUCCUACCACUGACUUCCACAAUUACACCAUUCACUGGAACCCAAGCGAGAUUGUGUGGUUCAUCGACAGUAUUCCAAUCCGUGUGUUCCGUAACUACGAGUUCUUGGGAAUUAAAUAUCCAAACAAGCAGGGUAUGAAGGCUUACAGCAGUUUAUGGAAUGCUGAUGACUGGGCAACUAGAGGUGGGCUUGACAAAAUAGAUUGGAAUAAGGCACCCUUCUCCGCUAGAUUGCGAAAGUUCUCACCAAGGGCUUGCACUUGGUUUGGACAAGGCAGCAUUAGCUACUGUAACUCAAAAGAUAAGUGGUAUACUUCUUCUGAAUAUAGCAGCCUGAAUGAGGCUCAGAAAGGUCAGAUGAAAUGGGUUAGAGACAAGUAUAUGAUCUAUGACUACUGCAAGGAUGGUAAAAGGUUCAAUUGGAACGUGCCCCGCGAGUGUUUUUUGCAACAGUCUUAA